CCAGCUGCGCCCAGGAGCCAUCCCUCCAGCGGACAGCUAGCGGCGCGGGCAGGCGACACCUGUGGCCGCCCCUGGGAGGAAAGUGGAAUCAGUCGGGAGCUUGGCCUGCAGGGCGUCAGGAACCCAGGUGGAAGAGACCGAGGAGCCAGUUAAGCAUGCAAAUAAGAAGGAAAACAUCUGUUGGCAUGGAAAAGUGAUUAUCUCCCAAGCUACUGACUACAACACAACCCGUCUGGCUGUUUCAACUCUGUUUCCUUGUCAGAUUGUGCUCUUUCAGGAAACUUUACAGAAACCUCAACGGCAUCUGGAACUCAGAAACUCGUUUGGGGCUGACCGUGGCUUCGAGAACACGCAGGUGUCCUGCAGAUGUGAGAAUUUACUCUGCAGUCACCAGAUGGAGUCCUAAGCAGGUGCAAGGCUUGUGCUGCGGUUCUAGCCUUCCCGAGUGCAGAGGGUCACUGACUUGCUAAGUGGCCAAAGAGUGGUUAUUGAUACUUAUAUCUGAAUGUUGCACUCAGCCUAUCAUCUUACUAAGCUGUGAUGAGAAGACAUCUCCAGGGGGCCAAUCCACUUUAGGGUGACACAUUUCCCAGCUCUCUUGGAUUGGGAUUCUAGACGGGGACCUUUUUUACUGUAGCUCCUACCAUUCCUGUAGCCAUCAUUAACAACAGUGUGCUUUUGCCAGCGGAACCCAUGCUUCUUGGUGGCUUCCUGCACUCAAGGUGAACAAAGAGAAACUCUUAGAGAAAUCUGUGGUGGUCCAUCAUCACUCGAUCAAGACAACAGGAAUCUUUGUGUGUUACUAUGGGCUGGCUUUUUCUAAAGGUUUUGUUGGCCGGCAUGACCUUCUCUGGACUUCUCUACCCUCUCCUGGAUCUCUCUAUCAGUGGGAAAACAAGAGCCCCCAAACCAAACAUUGUGAUCAUCUUGGCUGAUGAUAUGGGAUGGGGUGACCUGGGAGCAAACUGGGCAGAAACAAAGGACACCACUAAUCUUGACAAGAUGGCUUCUGAAGGAAUGCGGUUUGUGGACUUCCAUGCAGCCGCUUCCACCUGCUCUCCUUCCCGAGCCUCUUUGCUUACUGGCCGGCUAGGCCUACGCAAUGGAGUCACCCACAACUUUGCCGUCACCUCUGUCGGGGGGCUUCCACUAAAUGAGACCACCUUGGCCGAGGUGCUGCAGCAGGCUGGCUAUGUCACUGCCAUGAUAGGCAAAUGGCAUCUUGGGCACCAUGGCUCUUAUCACCCCAAUUUUCGUGGCUUUGAUUACUACUUUGGAAUCCCGUAUAGCCAUGACAUGGGCUGCACAGACACACCCGGCUACAACUACCCUCCCUGUCCAGCAUGUCCACAGAGCGAUGGCCUAUGGAGGAACCCCGAGAGGGACUGUUACACAGAUGUGGCCCUUCCUCUCUAUGAAAACCUCAACAUCGUGGAGCAGCCUGUGAACCUGAGUGGCCUUGCACGGAAGUAUUUAGAAAAGGCAGUGGCGUUCAUUGAGCAGGCAAGUACCAGCGGAAGACCCUUCCUGCUCUAUAUGGGCCUGGCCCACAUGCAUGUGCCCUUGUCUGUGACACCGCCAUUGGAAAACCCAGGGAGCCAAAGGCCCUACCGUGCAAGUCUCCAAGAGAUGGACAGUCUGGUUGGGCAGAUCAAGGACAAAGUUGACCACAUGGCAAAAGAAAACACACUCCUCUGGAUUACAGGAGACAACGGCCCAUGGGCUCAGAAGUGUGAGCUGGCAGGCAGCGUGGGUCCCUUCUUUGGAUUGUGGCAAACCCAUCAAGGCGGAAGUUCAGCCAAGCAGACCACCUGGGAAGGUGGGCAUCGGGUCCCAGCACUGGCUUACUGGCCUGGCAGAGUUCCAGCCAAUGCCACUAGCACCGCCUUAUUAAGCAUGCUAGACAUCUUCCCCACGGCGAUAGCCCUGGCAGGAGCCAGCUUGCCUCCAAACCGGAACUUUGAUGGGCUUGAUGUCUCUGAGGUGCUCUUUGGCAGGUCACAGGUGGGGCACAGGGUACUGUUCCAUCCCAACAGUGGAGCUGCUGGAGAGUAUGGGGGCCUGCAGACUGUCCGCCUGGACCAUCACAAGGCCUUCUACAUUACUGGGGGAGCCAAAGCUUGUGAUGGGAGCACGGGUCCUGAGCAACUCCACGCUUCCCCUCUCAUUUUCAACCUGGAAGACGAUGCUGCAGAAGCUGCGCCCCUACAGAGAGGAAGCCCCGAGUACCAGGCGGUGCUGCCAAAGGUCACCAGGGUUCUUGCAGAUGUCCUUCAAGACAUUGCUGAUGACAACAGCUCCCGAGCGGACUACUCUCAGGACCCUUCGGUGACUCCCUGCUGUAGCCCCUCCCAAAUUGCCUGCCGUUGCCAAACUGUGUGACAGGUCAUUUUUCCCCUGAGGAAGACUAUCUAGAAACUGUAGACAGGUAGGUUCACUUCCAAACUUCAUGCUGGCCAUGGAUGUCUACUUUGGGAAGGGAGUUGCACAAUGUGGUUUGGAAGGCAUAGUCUUCCCUCUCCCUGUGUAGACUGCUCCUCUACAUGCAUGUUUGAGAAGCAUCCAGCGCCCGUACAGUGGGCAAGGCAUGAUUAAGCACUAGUGGGCUGUGGAGUCUUGGCACAGGUCCAAGCCCCAGGUUUUUAGCUUGGGCAAUGACUUAAAUCCCAAUUGCAGAGUUGAUUUUGAAGGUUAACGUUAACACGUGACAUUGCUGUGUAUGUUCCCAGGACCAAGCAGGUCUUAUUAGUUUCAGUUUCUACCUUGUCCCCAGUUUCACUGGUCCAUUGGAGAGCAAACUCACUCUGACGGUCUGUAGCGCUCAGCCAUCUUCAAUACCCAUACAAAUGGUGGGGAUCUUGCAAAAUGCAGAAUGGCCCAGAAGAUCUGGACGAAGGUCUGGGAGACUACAUUGUUGCUGUAUUUCUUUGAGACACCUUGAAUAACACAGAGCUAAAAGGAAGUUAGGUCUUCCCAGGCCCUGGAGCAGAAGAACUCAUGGGCCCUCUCUCUUGUGAAUGUCAAAUGGGCAGACUAUAAAGAUUUAGGAGUUUAGGGCUGAAGAAAUGGCCCAUCAGUUAAGCGCACUGGAUCUGGGUUCUGCUCCCAAUGCCUACAUGGUGGCUUAAACUGUAACACUAGCUCUAGAGGACCCAUCACUCUCUUCUGGCCUCUGAGGAUGCCAGACAUGCACGUGGUGCAUAUACAUACAUAUAUGUAGGCAAAACACUCAUAUAUUAAAAAUCAUCUUUUAAAAUAAGAUUUAAGAUUUCCUCCAAGCCCCCACAACUUCCAAGAAAUAAAACAAAAAACGUAAACAACUCACAAAUGCAUUGCCAUGAUUUUGUUUAAUUAGUGUCCUAAAUGGGACUCAAGGGUAAUAAAUGAUUUAUUCCAAUCACUGCAAAAA